GUUUGUGUAUAUUAGGAUAACAUAUUGUGUGAAACACACACCUGCUGCCCACAGAAACACAUCUACAAAUUGUAAGCAAUGAAGCUGAAUGUGCUGCUCUGUCCUUUUCUGCUGUUUUCUGUCUCUGUCCUUUCCCAGAAGGAUGAGACAACAUCUCAGUUUCUAAACACGUACAAGACGAGGACAUUGGGAGGCCCAAAAGCAGAAGCUCUUGCUGAACACACAGAGCCUGACUGUCAGAAGUAUGAAGGAGGAUUCUGCACCAAGCAGUAUGAUCCAGUAUGUGGGAGUGAUGGAAAAACCUAUGACACUGAGUGUGUUCUGUGCAAGAAGAACAGAGAAGAGAAGAAUAAUGUGAAGGUGGCACGCAAGGGACCAUGCACUUCCUAAAUGGCUAUGUUGCACUCAUGGCUGUUGAAAAGGUCACAUUAAUUCCUUGUACCUUGUCUUCUCAAUAAAGUUACAUACUACAGCA